AUGGAGGAAGAAUUAAAUGUAACUUAUUUAACUUUUGGUGGACAUGUGGAGCUUCAAAAAUACAGAUACCUUUAUUUUAUAGUUGUUUUUGCCGUAUAUAUUCUAAUAAUCUGCAGUAAUGCUACGAUUGUGUACCUGAUCUGGAACCACCAAGACCUCCAUGAGCCUAUGUACAUCUUCAUUGCUGCCUUGUUGCUAAACUCUGUUCUUUUCAGCACUAAUAUCUACCCAAAGCUGUUGGUUGACUUUUUAUCUGAAAAACAGAUCAUAUCUCAUCAAGCCUGCCUUGUUCAGUUUUAUAUGUUUUAUAUGUUUGCUGAUUCAGAGUUCUUACUGUUGGCAGCCAUGGCCUAUGACAGAUAUGUGUCUAUAUGUAAACCUCUGCAAUAUCCAAGUAUCAUGACAAAAACAAAUAUCAUUGUCUUUCUGGCUUUAUCUUGGCUGUUACCUGCAUGUCAGCUUGUGGGAUAUACAAUAAUGACCGCUAAUCAGCAGCUCUGUAGCUUUACCCUGAAAAUGAUUUUUUGCAGUAACUCAAUUUUCAAACUUUUUUGUGUGUCUUCAAGAGCAAUAUCUAUAUAUGGUGUAUUCUUUUUCCUAUGGUGUGUUAUUUUUCCUCUGUUGUUCAUAGUUUUCACAUACAUCAGGAUACUUAUAAUAUGUUACCACAGUAGUGGAGAAGUCAGGAGAAAAGCUGCACAGACCUGUGUUCCUCACCUGCUGGUGUUAAUCAACUAUUCCUUUUUGUUAAUAUAUGGUCUUAUUAUGGCUCGAGUCGAAUCUGAUAUUCCAAACACUGUGCAUUUAGUAAUGACUUUACAAUUAGUUUUGUAUAAUCCUCUUUUUAAUCCAAUUAUAUAUGGCCUGAAAAUGACAGAAAUUCAUAAACACUUAAGAAGAUUCUUCUGUCAAAAUAAAGUGAACUGA